UCAUCUGACUCUGACUCUACUAAAAAGAGGAAACAGAGUAAAUUAAAGUCAAAGAUGUCAGUUCCUCCUCCACCACUAUUUUCUCCUGGUCUGUCUUCUAUGACAAAGUCUUCCAAUGUUACAUCCAAAGAAAAUGUUGCUCCGCUGAUAAUUGUUUCUAACAAAAACAAAGGAAAGACAACUACUCUUGUCCCAGCAUCAACAACAGCUGUUCAUAAUAAACACAAGUUACUGGAUAGAAUUGUUAAUAUUAGGCAGCAAGCAGCUAUCAAAGCAGAACAACGGAAAAAAGCAAUGUCUUUAGAAAAUAUUAUUAAGUUGAAACAGAAGACAGUUGAUAGUAUAUCGUGCUCCAAAGUACAAGAAAAGGCUCCUGAAACAAGCGGAAGUAGCAGGUCUGAACCACAGUCGCCGUCAAUAUUGUCACCAUCGAAUGUGCAACAUUUUAAAAAAUUACCACAUCCGCUAUCACACAGUAACACUGACAAUGAGAUAUUAAAUGACAAUCAAUGUCUUUCUCAGCCUGUACUAGACGAGACUCAAAAUCUGUAUCUUUCUAUAAGUCCAUCUAUAAGUGACAGUGUACAUGAAAAAUCACCAACCAGAGAGUUUGAAUUUGUUGUUGCUGAAGAGAGAAAGAAUAAAAAAACUGGAAAUAAACCUGAUAAACCUGAUGAACUCUCACAAUCUUCAUCACAGAAUACGUUGACAUCACAAAAUACAUUGACAUCAAAAUUGACUACAGAUAAAUUUUUGACUAAAUUGGACCAAAAGGUUGACAACAUGAGAGCAAAACUUGAUAUGAUAUUAAUAAACCAGUCUAAAAUAAACCGAAUAUUAUUACCAGAGGAAAAAAUCAUCUCUAAACCUCCAAACUUGCCUGCACUUCCUUUAGACACUGUAGAACAGUUUCAAAUAUUUGAAAAAUUUCUUUCGAACGACAUGCAUCUUUCAAAUACCUGUUAUUAUUUAAAGACUCUUUCUUUGGGAAAUGAUGAGGUUCGAGCAGUUCCUAAACUUAUGUCAAAUCUUAUGACUAAUUCUCUUGCCCAAGAGUUUAAUUUUGAUGGUCAUGGAACUAAAUUGUCGUUCAAAUCUACAAAAUUAUGGGAAUUGGUACAAGGUACAUUGUUAUUAAAAUUUGAAGAAAGUGAUCUUAGUGAAGCAUUGAAGUCUCUCAGAUCAUGGCUGCGAAAUGCCAAAGGAAGAAAAUAAAAAAUAUUGCAGAAAAAUGUGAUUGUGAUUUACUAUACUCUAUACUAUACUAUACUAUACUAUACUAUAUAUCCGAACAAAAUAAAUCUUUAUUUCACCUAUUUUUAUUUGUAAAUGUAAGUUAGUCUAAUCCACAACCUCCAUAUAUUCCUGU